UCCGUAGAGCCGAGUGUCAAAUGACAGCUGUUGCGCCGUACCGAUUCGCCGUCGCAACGAGAACGUCGGCUCGCAUUUGGACAGCAAUUUGAGCGAGUAAACACGGGAUGUGCGCCGACAUGAAUCGAGCUGUUAUCCUUCCUCUAUUAGUUUUAUCGUUAUUUCUCGGUAACGUAACGGCGGCGUUAGAAAAUACGACUACCGAAUCAGUGUCUGACAGUGGAAUAACCGUAUCUUUAUGGAAUCAUAGUGAGAAUGACGCAUUUAAACAACGAAUAAAUUUAGUCCCAUUUAAUCGCUUAAGCAUCACUGUGACAGAUAUUCCAUCGGAAAUUUGGUUUAUUAUUCUACAAAUUCACACAUUUCAAUACAAUGCCACGUUAUCUUACGACAAAGCGCUACUUGAUAAAGUGUCGAGCAAAAGUUUAUUCGGCUCGAACAUUGGUCUGUACUUAAAAACGCAUGAUGUAACGGGCCCAAUACAAGUAUUCUUGAAGCACGACAACGUGCACAAUCUCGAUGCAUUGCUCGUGAUUGUCACGUAUGGCCGAAAUGCGCCGACACCGGGCGGUUGUAAUAUGGAAUUCGAUAUCGAGGUAUCGCCGUAUCAAAAGCUCCGCGCAGAAAACGGCAUGAUAAUGGUAGACACGCAGCCAGCCUCGAUUCUCGCCCCAGACGGUUCACCGGUUCCCUGCGAAAAAAGCGCGGUGCAGCACAAGAUGUACCGUCUUUAUCUGCCCAGGCAGGACUUCACUCCGGAUACGUAUUUCGACGCGAUCGCGAGUAUGCUGACCGCGCACGACAUCGCGCAGAACGGCGACGAGAUACCAGCAGGUGCUCUUACGAGUUCCAUGAGACGUAUCUACAGUGCGUACGCCGGCACAGGAUCAGUUUAUGCCGCAGUUGCUACUUACGAAGAUUACUCCUCAGCUUACGUUCCGAUCUUUACGUACGCUUGCAGCCCUCUGCUCUAUCCGGAGAGUUGUCAGGGUUUGAAUGACACAUUCGCAAAGAUAGUUUGCGCCCUGGUCCUAAUUAUAGGCUUUCUGUCAAUUAUUAUCGGGCACAAAUGCGCUUUUGUAGAUGAUUUAUUACCGAGUUCUAUGAUAACUGGUGUCCUUGGGUACAUUAUAGCAACAUUAUAUAUUGGCGACAGCGUUGCAAUCAAGGUCCUGAUAGGUUUGGUAUUUGCCGUAUUCGUUACUCCAGCCGUAUCGGCACUCUUAUGUGUUGUAUCGUUACGCAAUGUGUCAUUGGGAUUCCUGUGCGCAUGCAUCGCAUAUCUCUACGCGGGUACUUCAGCUUGGAUGUUUUGCAUUUUGGAGCAUAAUUGGUUAUUCUGGCCUAUAUUCGCAAUCCUAAUACUUGCAAUAACCAUACUUCUGAUGGCGAUGUCCCAUGCCGCUGAAAUGAUUGCGCGUGCGAUUUUCGGAUCUUACUUCGUAAUCGUCGCGCUCGAUUACUAUAUCGGAAGCAAUUUGAAAUAUAUUAUUGUCACCAUAAUCAGGAGGAUAACUAUACCCGGAUUUCAUUUAGCGUUCGUAUAUCCGCCCUUUCAAAGUGCAGAUAUAACUUUGCUAAUUAUCUGGAGUGUUCUGAUAAUAACGCGAUUGAUUAUACUAUCGUGUACUUCUUUAUUGUGUUGUGAGAUGAGUUUAAUAAUGUUUACUAAUGAAAGAGUACCUUUGCUGGCUAACUAUCGUGGCACUUCUGCUGGAAGUUCUGGAAGAUCUCUCAGGCGGCUCAGGCCGUCUCGCUUGAUGCGAGUAUAAACAACGUCAAUAUUAUCAAAAGAUUGAUUUAAGUCGCAAAUCUCAAUUAAUAACGUUUCUUGUAGUAUAAUUAUAGAUAGUAGAUCAGUGUCAUACAAACCUGUUCUCCUUCUCGUACUUCCGUAAAUAUUAAAAUGUGAUAUUCUAAACAGAGCAUAAAAUCACAUAAUGAUGCACAACAGAUUAUAUUGAAUAUUUAAUUUGUGAAUUCUUUAUAGUUUUUAACAUGAAAAUUUUUUUUUUUUUUAAUAACUGUAAUGUUGGUUUUCAUGUUAAUAUGUACCAAAGAACUAAUUUUAUGUUUUACGAAACAAUAAAAUAUAAUUGAUAGUCGUGAAUUACAGUUGUGCAGCAUUAUUAUAAAUAUUUUAUUAUAGUCAUGUAUAUAUAUAUAUAUAUACAUAUAUAUACUCACUGGCAAAAAAACUGGGCAUCUAUUAAAAUCUAGGUACCCGGUUUUUUUGCUGAUGAGUAUAUAUAUGUUGUUAUAUUUUUUGUAAUGUAUUAUAUAAGAACUUACGUAAUGUUAAUGUGGAAUAUAACAAUAUGAAUAAAGAAUGAUGAUUUGGCUUUAAAAUGAAA